GCUGCCGAUCCCGAGCCGCGCCCGGCGCCGCCGCCAUGGUCUCCUGGAUCAUCUCCCGCCUCGUGGUGCUCAUCUUCGGCACCCUCUACCCCGCGUACUCGUCCUACAAGGCCGUGAAGACGAAAAAUGUGAAGGAAUAUGUGAAGUGGAUGAUGUACUGGAUUGUGUUUGCCUUUUUCACCACUGCAGAAACACUCACAGACAUUGUUCUUUCUUGGGCUGAGAGAUGCCCUGUUUAUGGAGUUUUCAUGGCUAUGGAUGAAAGACUAAAUGAGACUCGAAGAAGGUUUCCCUUUUAUUUCGAGCUGAAAAUCGCAUUUGUGAUUUGGCUGCUCUCCCCUUACACCAAGGGCUCCAGUGUCCUCUACAGGAAGUUUGUGCACCCAACGCUCUCCAAUAAGGAGAAGGAAAUCGAUGAAUACAUUACUCAGGCUUGUGACAAGAGCUAUGAAACCAUGAUGCGAGUUGGCAAGAGAGGGUUAAACCUUGCUGCCAAUGCAGCAGUUACAGCAGCUGCAAAGGGCCAGGGAGUUUUGUCUGAGAAGCUUCGAAGUUUCAGCAUGCAGGACCUCACUCUGAUCCGGGACGAGGACACCGUGCACAUGCGGAGCCGCGACCCACAGCUGCACUCCUCUGGUGGGAGUCUGCUGGAAACCAUCGAGGACUCAGCUUCCUGUUACUCCUCAGGAGAGGAGAGCAGUGUGACACACAGGUCUAAUGGAACCCCAUCAGAUCCCAGAACAGACCCAUCAGAUGAAGAUGCAGGAGACAAACUUCCUAAACGUACCCAGAGUCUCAAAGCUCCUAAAAAGGUGACGAAAACUGAGCUUCCAGUAAGGAGUGCAAAAGCCCGACCCAAGAAGAAAGCUGCUGGCUCUCUUGCCUCUGGCGAGUCAUCCUAAGGCGACCUCCCCCUCCCCAGCACCUGUCUCUGUCCCGGGAUUUUCGCUUUUGAGGGGAAACUCUCCAAAGGAAGGGAGCUGAGAUUCUUGUACAUAACAGAUACUGCUUUGUAGAGCUCAUUCCAAGGCAAGGGGGAGGCUGGGAUUCAGAAAACGGAGUAGAGGAUACACAUCCUCAGGAAUUUUCUCCUUUUCAUCCCUCUGUUGGAGGGAAUGCUGAUAUGUCUGUACAUAGCCAGUUGCUUUGGAAUUCCCACUGUAUAACCCUAGUUGAGAAUCUUUGCUGGAAGAACUGACUAGGGUUAGAGACAUCCAUUGCACAGAAACUGGAAAAAUACUAGACACUGGAGUUCCACAGGGGUGGGUGGCUCCCAAAAAUGUCUUAUCUUGCUCUGGGUAUCCUUCUGCAGCUGUGUGUUGUUAAGAAGUGCCCACCAUGAGUCAUAUUCCUUAAGAAUGGACCAUACCUGACAUGUCCAUCCCCUCUGAGAAGCUGACUGAAAUGAUGUAUUCUGGGUGCUUUUGAACACAAAGGACUAGCUCAUGGGAGGAAUAUGCUAGAUUCCCGUUACUCGUACUGGAAGAUGAAGAGAUUGGGUUUUAUUUUAUUUUUUUCUGGAAGGCGAAGGGAAAUAAUUGAAAAACUGAGUAAUGAAGAAAAUGUGCUGUUACCACGCACAUUAUAUGAUGGAGUCGGUGCAGGUAUCUGUAAGAGUUAACUGUUGAGAAGGAAAGUUUGGCAUCUGUAAGAUUUUUGGCUCUUUUUGAAGCUGCUUAAAUUUUAUUUCGGGUUCUGGUGCCCACUUUGACUCCUGUGGGAGCAUCAGAAUGAGGCAAGUCCCAUGCAGUUCCGUGGCAAGGGUACUUGCUUUGCCAUUUAGAGGUUGAACUCCAUGGCAUCCUGAUUUUGUUACUGCAGACAAGUUCUUUUAUUCUAGCAGAUGACUGGGGAAAGUCUGUCUCAAAAUAGUCUGUGGGCAUACUUGAGAAUUUCAGAAGCCCUUACCUCUCUCAGCUGUAGGAGAUUCAAUCCUCAGGGCAUGAGAACUGAUAAACAGUUGAUGGAUGAAUUUUGCUAACUCCAGGAUUUCAUUUAUGGGGGAUAAAAAGCAGGGAGUAGGGCACAAUGCUGCGAUUAAUCAGUCCUCUUGCUUGAUCCUACUGCAGCCCUUGCACACGUUUUCUGUCAGACCACGUGCCAUGUUUAUCAAAUGUCCUGAGACCUGAGCAAUAUGUAACACUUGGGACAGAAAACUACACUGAAUGUAGAAUAUGUAUUGUGGGAGUGAAAUUGCAGUGCUGCAGAGAAAAUUCACAUCAUGCCAAGCCAUACUAAUCCCUCGAACAUUGUUGAGGGGAGAUCCCCUGCACACUUGCCAACUGAGUCAGUCGGAAUUUAUGAGAUGAGUCGGGUUUCUGUUGCUGAGAUCGGUAAUUACAGAUAUGGUUGUCUGAAUGAAUGCUUGACGGUCUUAAUUUUUACUGAAACUAGUUAUCCAAGGAACCUGUCUCCUAAUUCCCCACUGAAGACCAUUCCCAGCUCUAGGUGCAGGUGUUUGUCUGCCCACAUCUCUUGCUGUCCCUUUUCUGAAAUUACAGUGAAUUCACAGAGCCCAGUGUUUUGCUGUUGACAAGGUGUAGAAGCACUUCUGCAACUGAAGUUCCACAAGUAUUUCUGUCCUAGAGAAUAACCCUUCAAAAGUUUACAAAGUUGAAGAUUAGGACUGAAUUUUUUUUCUUGUUUCCCAUUGUCUUGGUGGCAAAUUGUUUGCUGUUGAAUUGACCAGUAAUUUUAGGAAACCAAUGAAGUCAUUAUUACUUUUAUUUAUAGCUUUUAAAAGUUGAGAUUUUGACAGACCAUGUCAGAAACUUGCAUCUUGUCAGAAAUAUUUGUCCCAAGUUAUCCACAAGGCCUUAUCCAGAAGCCAGUAGAAAAUCUUUGAUUUGGCUUUGAGUUU